CCGUCUCUCUCUGUCUCUCUCAUCCCUCUCUCUUUCUCUCUCCUCACGAGAAAAGAAAAUAAAAAGCGCGGGUAACAUCGAUUGCUUGUUUACAGAUCUAGGGUUUUUUUUCCCUCAGAUCCGCUCCCUUCCCGAUCACCGAACCAAUUUCUAUUUAUUUUUUCACCUUUUUUCCCUUCGGAGAAUUCUAUGGAGAGGAAAAAGUAUCCGAUUAGGGCUGAGGAUUACGAGCUCUACGAGUUGAUUGGAGACGGAGGGAGCGCGAUCGUGCAUCGCGCUCGAUGCGUUCCCUUUGAUGAGAUCGUGGCCAUCAAGAUUCUUGAUUUCGAGAGUAGCAGCGAUCUGACUACAAUUUCUCGUGAGGCUCAGACCAUGAUUUUGAUCAACCAUCCAAAUAUUCUAAAGGCACAUUGUUCCUUUGUAAAUGAUCAUAACUUGUGGGUUGUCAUGCCAUAUAUGGCUGGUGGGUCCUGUCUUCAUAUAAUGAAGUCUGCGUAUCCCAAUGGUUUUGAGGAGAUUGUCAUCGCUACUGUUCUCCGUGAAGUAUUAAAGGGCUUAGAAUAUCUUCACCAGCAUGGCCAUAUACAUCGAGAUAUAAAGGCUGGUAAUAUCUUAGUUGAUACACAUGGAGGAGUGAAGCUCGGAGAUUUUGGUGUUUCCGCUUGCCUUUUUGAUUCGGGUGACAGGCAGCGUACUAGGAAUACCUUUGUUGGAACACCUUGCUGGAUGGCACCUGAAGUGAUGGAGCAACGAUAUGGUUAUGAUUUCAAGGCGGAUAUCUGGUCUUUCGGAAUUACGGCGUUGGAGCUUGCUCAUGGGCAUGCUCCUUUUUCUUCUCAGCCGCCUGUAAAGGUCUUUCUCAUGACCUUGAAUAAUGCUCCCCCAUCUCUUGAAUCUAGAAAAGACAAGAAGUUUUCGAAGGCCUUCAAGCAUAUGAUUGCUACCUGCUUGGUAAAAGAUCCAUCAAAAAGGCCUACUGCACAUAAGCUGUUAAAACAGUCUUUCUUCAAGCAAGCUAGGUCCCAUGACUAUAUUGCACGAAAAAUCUUGGAGGGUUUGCCUUCUCUGGAGGAUAGGUUUCAUGCAUUGAAGCUGAAAGAAGAAGAGCUGCUUGCGCAAAAGAAGAUGCUUGACGGGGAAAAAGAAGCGAUGUCUCAGAGCGAAUAUAAGAGGGGAAUAAGCAGCUGGAACUUUGACAUCGAGGACCUAAAGGCUCAGGCUUCACUGAUCCCAGAUAAUGAGGAUGGUGUCUCAGGUAAAGAUUCGGAGGGAUGCUCCAAUUCAUUGUUUGAUCUCGAUACUUUGCAUGAAGUGCCUCAAAGCAUUCCUUCAGCCACGGUGUCCUCCGUGAGGAAUGAUGCUCAUGUGGUAAAUGAUGGAAUAACAGACAGCAGAAUUGAUUCUAAUUCUUCAUCCAAUCAGGCAUCAAAAUUCCAAAGAUCAGAUGUUUCUGACAAUGAGCUUGAGGUUUCUAGGAAAUCAAGCAAUCAGAAUGACAUCCACGAUGUUAUGGAGUUCCAUGGAAAUGGUAUCACAAAUGAUUCAAAGGCAAGUUGCAAAUCGGGGAUUGAUGAAAAGCAUCUUGACAGCAUAAUUAGCGUCUCCCGUGAUUGUCAUGGAACUUCAACUAGUCCAGGCUUACAAGAUAUUACUUUAUCAUCCAAACAAGAGAGUGUGAAGCAAAAUCAUCAGUUAGAGAACAUGGAAAACUACAGUACUCCUAAUGCAAUAACUGAUAUCUCUUGUGAACCAAUACCUAAGAUAUCAAAACCAACAGCUUCCAAUGCUGAUGAUAAUGAUGAAAAAAUAAAAGCGACGUUAGUGCAACAGAAGGGGCGGUUUAAAGUAACAUCUGAGAAUGUUGACAAGGCCCUUCCAGCUGCUGGCCAACCUAAGAGUCCCAGCGCACAGCUGGAAGCAGCAGAAGAACGGGAGAAGCAAUUGUUGCAGGAGAUUGCUGAUUUGCAAAGAAGGCUCAUGCUCUCCGAGGAAGAACUAAGAAUUACAAAGGCAAAAUUUGCUCAGGAUGUCAGACUCAAAUCCGAUCUGAAUGAUGUUGGCAACAAGAAGCAGAAUCAUGAUGCAGAAAGAUUGAAUCUUGCAAAUGAUUGAAGAUAAUAUAUAAAUUAUGGUUGUUCGGCUAUAAUUUGUACAUAUGAUUUGUAAUGUUGUGAUAUAAUCACUAGAUGGGUAGUUCUGGGCAAUUAUGAGCUAAUACUGUAUGUAGUGUUUUGAUUGCUCAAGUUGUCUGAGCGUAGAAUAAUGAUGUACGGACUAUACAGCGUUCUCCUGGCUAGAAGUUCGACAAAUCAUGGAUGUCCAUCUUGAGUAAUUGAUUUGUAAUUGUGUGUUGUGUUAUACCUGCAUCAAAAUUAUGGAUACUUGGUAUGUUAUCGUUAAUGUUAUCUUU